UUCACGUGGUUACUGGUUGGUGAGCUGGUUGGAGAAUUCAUGCUGUUCUUCGGCGAAUUUUAUUUACUUUUAUUUUAUUUGCAAAUAUUAAAUAUAAACCACGAAUAAGUAAUUACGUAAAAGCAUAUACUUAGCUAAUCAAAGAAAAUGCAUAAAACUGGCGCAACUCGAUAUCAGAAAUUCCUGAAAGCUGAGAAAAGUAAAACGAAACUAAAGGGUAAAAAAGAUAAGGAACUGCCGAAAGGGACAAACGUGACCAAAACCAAUUUCAAAGUAAAGAAAAUCAUAAUAAGAGAACAACUGAAGAAACACGAAUCAACAGAUGUUUUGUCGACGAGAAAACUUAACGUGAAGGAACUUCUAUCACGCCUCAAUCACUUUAACACAAACGUACGAGUAGACGCACUUGAUGGAAUAAAAGAAUUAAUAUCCUCUCACCCUGAAGUAUUACUACAGAAUCUGGGCCAACUGAUUAACGGAGUAACUGCUUUAACACUAAAUGUUGAGAAAAAUGUGCGACAAUCGGCCCUUAAAGUUUUACACUUGGUUCUUUCGAACAUAUCUCAAGAGAACAUUGAGCCAUUUUUUGAUGUCAUGUCCACAUAUCUGAGAAAUGCUAUGACCCACAUAGACAGUAGAAUUCAAGAGGAUUCAUUAUUGUUCUUAGAUAUUCUCCUUUUAUGUACUCCUACAAAGUUAGCUGAAGAUUUCAACAAAAUAAUACCCAACUUCCUAGACAUGAUAUCAAAGUUACGCUCAGAUCAACCUGGUAGAACUCUCACCGUCAAUAUGAACAGUCAAAUCACAAGUGUGAAGUGGAGGGGCAAAGUUUUCCAACGACUAAGAGAUUUGAUGCAGAAGUUUGCAGAAUAUAACAACAUCAAUCAAGAAAUCAGCAUGGCAGCCAAUACCCAUUACUUCAAGGAUAACAAUCCAAUGAACUACUAUCCUCUUUUUGAUAAAACUUAUAUAGCUAAUUGUUACAUUUCAUGCUUUUCCUCCAAAAAUUCUGAAAUCUCCCUAGUCACAGAUGACAUUGAAAGGUUCAGAGAGUAUAUAGACAUACUAUUUCCAUUGCUUUUUGAAACAUGGGUUGAGAUGUGCCCAAAUAAGAAAUCAGAAACAAAUUUCGAGAUGGUUGUAGGUGAAGAUUCUGCUUUGCUUUUAAAACAUAUACUAGAGAUUAUUUUUUUAACUUGGAACUUUGUCAAGCAUUUCAAUAAAAAGAACUCUGCAUCAAAUAUAGGCAGUAUAUUCUCACAAAAAUAUAGGAAUUCGUUCAGCCAACAUUUUGUCAAUUCGUUUCCAUAUGCAACUGUUAUACGAUCAAAGCAGGGUAAAAGUGACGAAGAAACUGUUUUAGACCCAAAGUUGGUAGAGGAAAAUCUCAAAAUAUGCCAAUUAUUCAUUCAGUUUAAUCCAAAUGUUGAUAAAAAGCAUCAGGGAAAAGAAAUUUCAGCUGUGCUUGGUUACAUUGAGAAAAUAUUUGGCCAGAAUAUUAAUGAUUAUAUUGAUGAUGUUGUUAUCAAUAUUUUACUAUCACUUUUCUCAAUAGAAUCUGUGGGUUGGAGUAAAACAUUGCUGGUUUUGGAUGCAUUGUUCAGAAAAAUAAUUUGGGUGUAUUUUAACAAAGCUAUCACCAAUUCUUAUAAGCAGAAGAUAUUUGGUCUGCUUUGUAAGAUAGCUUUGAACGACAAGCUUUCGCAUUUCCAUAGCAGUGAGGCUUUUGAGAUGUGGCUAAAACAUUUACCAGAUAUUUUGCUAAGUGAAAGUGUAAACAACGAUACAAUUAACAUUAUCCAUCGAUUUGCUGCCACUAAUAAUAAUGUUUUCAACACAGUUGUCAAGCCCAAGUUACUGAGUAUUAUUGAAAACCUUCCAAAGAUUUCAAUAUCUGAUUCUGAAGAUGAUAUCGCCUAUCACAAACUUUUAUCCACUUUCUAUUGGAUCAAAACAUGGGAUAAAGACUCAUUAAAUCUUUUAGAGAAUCAGCUCUUAAAUAAUGUUUACAAAGGUGAUAGUGGAAAAUACAUUUUCGAUACUUUAAGGCUUCGUAGCGGAAUACACGUGUAAAAAAUAAAUGAUUAUUAUAUUUCAA